ACCAGCAAAAAUCUUGGUAAAUUCACAGGUUCCACAGGUGUUAAUAUAUUAAGUGUUGAUCAGCUUGGACCUGAUGAUCCUAAAAAUUCUGCUUGGGUUAAAAAGGAUCAAUUAAAAAAUGCCAAAGAGGUAACAAGUGGUGUUGGCUUGAAAUUAAUGCAAAAGAUGGGUUGGACGCCAGGUGAGGGAUUAGGAAAAGAUGGUGCUGGUCCGUUAGUACCACUUGUUCUCGAUAUUAAGGCAGAUCGAAAAGGUUCUUUUAAUGUUUUUGGUUCGAUAAGUAUUUUUAAUUAUAGCAAAAAUAACGGGUUGGUCUGCAUUCGUUGUAAGCAUCCGGUAUCAUUGCUGAUGGAGCUUUGUUCGAAAAAGAAAUGGUCCUCGCCCCAGUUCUCUUGCGUUGAAAGUGGUCCUAAGCAUUUCCUCUUAUUCUUUAUUCUUUGCAUUGAGAGAUAUGUGGAAUAUCGGCCUAUUAUUCCUUCAAAUAGCAAGAAAUUGGGAAAAGCGCAAGCAUGUCAGGUUGUUUUGCAAUCGCUUGGUUUGGUUCCUCAUGAUCCAUCUCUACCAUUUGUGUUGUGA